AUGUCAAAUAUAUCUCUUGAUAAGGAAACGUUCUAUCGGCGUAUGAAAAGGCUGUACGCAGCAUGGAAGGCUGCAGCAGCUGAUACAAAAAGUGAUGAUAUACUGGCCAAAGUGGAUUGUUUGGUAUCAUGUGUUGGAGUUGAUGAAGAUACACUUUACAGCAAGUCAACAGCUUUACAGACAUGGCUGUUUGGAUAUGAGCUUCCAGACACAAUAACUGUACUUACUGAACAGAGCAUGUGUUUUCUUGCAAGUAAAAAAAAAAUUGAGUUUUUACGACAAAUAGAAAACGGAAAAGAAGAAACAGAGCUACCUCCAGUAAAAUUAUUAAUUAGAGACAGAAAUGAUAAAGACAAAGAAAAUUUUAGUAAAUUGAUUCAAGAGAUUAAAAAAUCAAAAUCAGGAAAAACACUUGGUGUAUUUGCAAAAGAUAAUUAUCCUGGUGAAUUUUGUGAGAGUUGGAAGAAUGUUCUUAAGGGAGAAAAGUUUGAGAAUGUAGACAUAAGUUCUUCAAUUGCUUUAUUAAUGGCAACCAAAGAAGACCCUGAAAUUAUCACAAUUAAAAAAGCAUGUUUGGUUACUGUUGAUGUAUUUACUAAAUAUUUAAAGGAUCAAAUAAUGGAGAUUAUUGAUUCUGAUAAGAAAGUUAAACAUUCAAAAUUAGCAGAAGGUGUCGAAGCAGCAAUAUCAGAUAAGAAAUAUGUAACAGGAGUUGAUACAAGUCAAGUUGAUAUGUGUUAUCCUCCAAUUAUUCAAUCUGGUGGCAACUACAGUUUAAAAUUCAGUGCAAUAUCUGACAAAAAUCAUUUGCAUUUCGGAGCAGUUGUCUGCUCACUGGGUGCCCGAUAUAAGUCAUACUGCUCAAAUAUAGUCCGCACAUUACUGGUCAAUCCAACAGAUGAUAUUCAAAGCAAUUACAAUUUCCUUGUCAAUUUGGAAGAGGAAGUUAUGAAACAUUUGGUAGCUGGUGCAAAGUUAUCUUCUGUUUAUGAAGCAGGCCUGGCCUUAGCUAAGAAAGAAAAACCAGAUCUUGUCGAUAACCUUACCAAAAAUUUUGGAUUUGCAAUGGGUAUAGAAUUUCGUGAGAGCUCAAUUGUGAUUGGUCCAAAAACAUCAAUUGUAGCAAAAAAGGGAAUGGUGUUUAAUAUCAAUAUAGGCUUAGCAAAUCUCAGCAAUAAAUCGGCAUCAGAUAAAGAAGGAAAGACAUAUGCUCUUUUUAUUGGAGACACGGUAUUAGUGAAUGAAGAGCAACCUGCAUCUCUUCUCACACAAUCUAAAAAGAAAAUCAAGAAUAUUGGUAUCUUUUUGAAAGAUGAUGAUGAGGAAGAGGAAGAAGAGAAGGAGAAUAAGACUGAAAUUCUUGGGCGUGGCAAGAGAACAGCUGUUAUCGAGUCCAAACUCCGAACGGAACAUUCCUCAGAAGAAAAGAGAAAAGAACAUCAGCGAGAGCUCGCGAUAGCUCUCAAUGAGAAAGCCAAGGAGAGAUUGGCGAAACAGUCGAGUGGGAAGGAAGGAGAGAAAAUUAGAAAGAGCACUGUCUCAUAUAAGAGCAUCAGUCAGAUGCCAAGAGAAAAUGAAGUGAAGGAAUUGAAAUUGUAUGUUGAUCGUAAAUACGAAACUGUUAUAUUGCCGAUAUUCGGUGUCCCAGUACCAUUCCAUAUAUCAACGAUUAAGAAUAUAUCGCAGUCGGUAGAAGGAGACUAUACAUACUUGAGAAUUAACUUUUUCCACCCGGGAGCCACAAUGGGAAGAAACGAGGGGGGAAAUUAUGCACAACCGGACGCCACAUUUGUUAAGGAAGUAACAUAUCGUAGUACAAACACAAAGGAGCCAGGUGAAAUAUCCCCUCCAUCAUCAAACCUCAACACCGGCUUCAGACUCAUAAAAGAAGUUCAGAAGAAGUUCAAAACGAGAGAAGCAGAAGAGAGAGAGAAAGAGGAUUUAGUUAAACAAGACACAUUGGUUCUAUCACAGAGUAAAGGAAAUCCCAAGUUAAAAGAUUUGUAUAUCCGACCCAACAUUGUCACAAAACGAAUGAGCGGGUCCCUUGAAGCUCAUUCAAAUGGUUUUAGAUUUACUUCAGUAAGAGGAGAUAAAGUAGAUAUUUUGUACAAUAAUAUUAAGAAUGCAUUCUUCCAGCCGUGUGAUGGCGAAAUGAUUAUAUUGCUACAUUUUCAUUUGAAACAUGCUAUUAUGUUCGGUAAAAAGAAACAUGUAGACGUCCAGUUUUACACGGAAGUGGGAGAAAUCACCACAGAUCUUGGUAAACACCAGCACAUGCACGAUAGAGAUGAUUUAGCAGCGGAGCAGAGUGAGAGAGAACUCCGGCAUAAGCUGAAAGUUGCUUUUAAGAGUUUUUGUGAACGAGUUGAAAAUAUGACCAAGCAGGAAGUGGAGUUUGAUACGCCUUUCAGAGAACUUGGAUUCCCCGGAGCACCAUUCCGCAGUACAGUACUUCUUCAGCCCACAUCCGGAGCCCUAGUGAAUCUAACAGAGUGGCCUCCAUUCGUCAUCGCCUUAGAAGAUGUGGAAUUAGUUCACUUUGAGCGAGUCCAAUUCCAUUUGAAGAAUUUUGACAUGGUGUUCGUGUUUAAGGAUUAUGCUAAGAAAGUGGCUAUGGUCAACGCAGUGCCUAUGAACAUGCUGGAUCAUGUAAAGGAGUGGCUAAACUCCUGUGAUAUCCGUUACUCGGAGGGUAUUCAGUCUCUCAACUGGACUAAAGUGAUGAAAACGAUCACAGACGACAUCGAGGGCUUCUUCGAUAAUGGGGGCUGGUCCUUCCUCGACCCUGAGUCGGAUGCUGAAAAUGAACGCCAGGAAGAAGAGUCUGAAGAGGAAGACGACGCGUACGAGCCGACAGAUGCAGAGACUGAGGAGGAGUCUGAUGAUGACUCGGAGUAUGACUCCGAAGCCUCGGAUGCUUCUGAUGAAUCCGGGGAAAGUGAAGAAGAAGACGAAGAAUCCGGAAAGGACUGGUCGGAUCUAGAGCGGGAAGCGGCAGAAGAGGACAAGAAGGAACGUACAUUCGAUCGCGGAGACGAAUUCGAACGGAAACGGAAAGGCGGACAAGCACAACCUUCGCGAUAUGACGAGAAAAAGAGUAAACACGAUAAACACAAGAGUUCUAGCUCUAAUCACAAAAGCUCCAGUUCCAGUCAUAAGAGCCCUUCGAAGCAUAGCAGCAGCAGUCCAUCGAAGAAUCGCGAUAAGCACCACAAGUCCUCCCACUCCGUUGCCCGUGGCCACAAGUCGUCCCACAGUGACCGUGACAGACACAGCAAGUCCAACGGUGACCACAAGAAGCACUCCAAUUCUCGAGACCACAAAUCUCACAAACGUUCACGUGAUGACAGCAGAGAAGAAGGCCGUAGCUCUAAGAAAUCUAAGUGA